CGGAGGUGGCAUGGGAGGCGGGGGAUGUGUUCUGUCUGGGACAGGGUCUCAGCCAGCUUCUACCUCCCGCCGGGCCGUGAGCCCCCUCUCUGGUGACUUUUUCCGUUCUGCAAACAGACUUACAGAUGGGGAAACCGAGACUCAAAAAAGGUCAAGGCUGGCAUUUGAACAAGAAGAGGCUGUGUCAGUCCAGAGUCCUGGGAAUGAAAUAGAAGUGUCGGAGCGUGGGAGCUAGCGAAUAGGAAUUGUAUCCCUUCAGCGGGGUCUCAGCCACACCGAGACUGAGUCCUAGGAGAGCUGGAAUCCAGGAAGCCAAGGCUGAGCCUCCUCCCUCCCAGGCCUUGUGCUCACGGUGCAGGCCAAACACUGGCCAGCAUCCCUUUUACACACAGCGUGGAACUACAACUCCCGGAGUGCCACGCGGCAACACAUGGAACUACAUUUCCCAGAGGCAUUGUCGCUGAGCCCACGGUCUAGGAACUGGCGGCAGCCGGGACAGAGUGACCCGCCGCUGGACAUGGCUUUCCUAGCCAGGACUUUUGGGUACCCCGCCUGCAGAUCGGUGGUCCAGUUGGGUGGCAGGUGGCUCCAACCUCUGGUCUGGAUGGGGCUUCCGGACGCUUGGGGUCUCCCCUCCGUGCAUCAGCAGACUCGCGGCCGCACGCGCGGGAACGAGUACCAGCCCAGCAACAUCAAGCGCAAGCACAAACACGGUUGGAUCCGCCGGCUGAGCACGCCGACUGGCGUACAGGUCAUCCUACGCCGCAUGCUGAAGGGCCGCAAGUCCCUGAGCCACUGAGGAACGGCGCCCGGCGCCUGCGGGAACAGACUCAGACGCCGGUAGAACUGGCCGAGGCCAAGAAGUUGGAGGCCGUCCCUUCCUAGGCUUUUGGAGUAUGAAGAAUUCAGAACUUGGAGAGCCCCUAAAUCCGUGCGCCUGAGUCCACAGCUGUGGCGCCCCCUCCUGCGUUAUCUUUGCAGUUUCUGUUCAUGUUUCUGAAGGCAUCUUUGAAAGCUUGACUCCUUAAAAUAUCACACCACUCCUGGUGAUUCCAGCCACUCGGAAAUAUUACCAGCUCGCUAAUAAACAUUCCCGUUUCUAGGCG